AUGGCAUCAAGGCUCCUCGAGACAGGUAGCACACAAUUGAUCCGAAAUACAGCUGCACAACAACUUGCGGAUGUUCAGAAGGCACACCCCGAAGAGCUUUUCAAUCUUCUGACUCGAGUCGUUCCCUACCUAAGACACAAGACAUGGGACACUCGGAUUGCUGCAGCGAAGGCAUUAGGAGGAAUUGUAGAUAAUGCAGAAAGAUAUGAUCCAAAUGGCGAAGACGGAUCAACAAAGAACAAGCCCAAAAAAGAGGAAAAUGGCUUUCACAUCAAGAAGGAAGAACCAGCUGAUGAGACACCUCUCGCUGAAGGUCAACUGAGUUUGGAUUCCCUCGACGUUGUCUCUAUUCUUAGAUAUGGAAAAGAGCUAUUAAGGGGUGGUGGCAAAGACAUUGAUUAUGCUCUUGCCACAAUGAAUCCAGCACAACGCCUUGCACAUCAAAAGAAGACCCUUUCUGGUCGACUUGGUCUCUUAGGCGAAUACUUCGAGGAAGAUAUUGACAUCGACUAUCCUCCACCGAAACAUAAUGGAGCACCAACACCUCAAAUCCCAACAUCGAACGGUCACAAUGGUAAUGGCACCAAGACACCGAGCACUCCUGCCGACGAACUUGGUCUGAGUGCAAGACAACUAAACCAGUUGAAGCGGAAACGAAAACGAGAAGCCCAACACGCAGGAAGCAAGAAUAAGUUGAUUGAUUUGUCCAUUCGACGAUCAAGUACGAUGGAGUCGAUUGGCGGUGACACUACCAUGUCAGACAUCGUUGAUGAUAAUCCGAAUGGGGUGUCUGACUUACUAUCAGUGGGGCGAGCCGAAGACGUUGACGAGGAUGCGAAGGUGGUCUCCGAAUUCAAAGGUCCGAUCUUGCCCAUCAAAUCUGAAUUAGAGACAGAAGAAGAAGCUGAAGGAGGCGAAUGGCCCUACGAGCGUCUCUGCGAGUUUCUCAUGGUUGACCUCUUCGACCCUCAGUGGGAAACCAGACACGGUGCUGCGAUGGGAUUGAGAGAAAUUAUUCGAGUACAUGGUGCUGGAGCAGGUCGAGCACGAGAUAAAACUCGGACUGAGAACGACUUACUCAACAGACGAUGGCUUGACGACCUCGCUUGCCGACUUUGUUGUGUAUUUAUGCUGGACAGAUUUGGCGACUACGUUUCUGAUACUGUCGUUGCUCCAAUUCGAGAGACAGUAGGACAGACUUUGGGAGCUUUACUCAUCCACCUUCCUGCCACAACCGUUUAUGCUGUACAUCGAAUCCUUUAUCGAAUGGUCAUGCAAAAUGAUCUCAAGCUCGAGAAGCCUGGAUGGGCGAUCUGCCAUGGAGGCAUGAUCGGCUUGCGAUAUCUCGUCGCCGUCCGCAACGAUCUUCUGCUCAAAGACAGCGACCUGAUUGAUGGUGUCAUUCGCGCUGUUAUGAAAGGUCUUGGAGAUUGGGACGACGAUGUUCGCUCGGUCAGUGCUGCAACACUUAUUCCAAUCGCAAAGGAGUUUGUCAACUUGCGCCCAGAAGCGUUGGACGGUCUCAUCAAUAUCGUAUGGGAGUGCUUGUCCAAUCUGGGAGAUGAUCUCAGCGCGAGUACUGGUCAAAUCAUGGAUCUCCUUGCCAAGCUUUGUAGUUUCCCGGAGGUUCUGGAGGCUAUGAAGAAGAAUGCAGCCAGAGAUUCCGAACAAUCCUUCGCACUUCUUGUGCCACGGCUAUACCCCUUCUUGAGACAUACCAUCACAUCAGUACGAUCUGCUGUUCUCCGUGCUCUAUUGACGUUCGUCAACAUUGAGGGCGAUGGCACUCGAGACUGGCUUAAUGGCAAAAUCCUGCGGCUCAUCUACCAAAAUAUUCUCGUCGAGCGUAAUCAAGAUACACUCAACCUCUCCUUACAAGUGUGGGCUUCUUUGGUGAAGUAUCUAGCCAAGGAUCCUGCAGACCUCGCUGAGCAAUUUUCUAUGCACAUCGAGCCUCUAAUGCAGCUCACACUCCAUCCAAUUGGUGUGUCACGCCAUCCCUUACCAAUGAACGCUACACUCUUCCAGAAGCCCUCCGGUAGCACAUACUCUAUGCCUGCAGGAUUCGUACCUAUCACGACCAUCCGACAAAUCACUCCACCUCAACCAUCAGAACCUCCAGCCAAGAAGCAACGACGAAAAUCUACAAAGAAUAUUGAACCUGUUCCUACGACAUCUUCUCACGAUGUGGAUGGCCACAUGAUGCAAGGAGAUGUUGAUUUGGUGGGUAUAGAUAUCCUCAUCAGAUCGAGAAUUUAUGCUGCAAAAGCCAUGGGUCUCAUUAUGUCACUUGUUCCCUUUAAUACAUUGGAACCAUAUGAUGCGAACAUAAUCCCGGGCUUGACAUCUGCUUUCUCAUCUACCCAGCUUACAGCCUCGUUGAUCAUCGAUGAGUAUGCUAAGAACUGCACCUCAAAGGACCAACCAGCACGAUUUGUUGAUCAUCUAAUUAAGAUCAUUGAGUCAGAUCGUCCAGUGCAUUACCGGGACCUUGUUAGCUUUACGCAAUUGGUUCGCGCUCAGUGUUCUCAGCUACUCAACACCUUCCGAGACGUUGGUAAAGUGUCUCAAGGUCGGCUACCUGUUCUUGCAGUCGUGGUCCAAGGAGAGCCUGAAGCUGGACCUGAUGCCUUCUCAAUCUUUACUGCAGAUAAGGUUGUCAAUGAUGACUUUGAGAGACUCAAGAAGGCAAUGCCAGCUGCUCAGAGAUUGAUCGCCACACAGGCUUUGACAGAAGCUCGUGAACAAACUGUCGAGACCAUCACCACGGCCAAGUCGAUCAAGGAAACACGUGAUAUUCGGAUCAAGGCUGCCGCAGCAAGCGCCUUAGUUGCCAUGAAGGUAUCACCGAAGAAACCCACUCAUAUCAUCAAGGGUAUGAUGGACAGCGUGAAGAAAGAGGAGAACGUCGAACUUCAGCAAAGAUCUGCUUCUUCCAUUGCCAGACUUGUUGAGCUCUUUGCUGAGGGAGGGCGCGCUGGACCAGCUCAGAAGGUUGUCUCCAACUUGGCUAAGUUCAGUUGCAUUGAUACAUCUGAGACACCCGAGUUUGGACCAAACGCAGUCUUCACGGCCAACAUUCUGUCGCUUCGGAAGGAAGAGGACCGAAGAGAUCAUCCUGAUGCUGCGAAGUUUGCCAAGGAAGCUAAAGAGGCCAGAAUCGUCCGACGUGGUGCUAAGGAGGCUUUGGAGCAGUUAUCAGCCAUAUUUGGUCCCCAGCUGUUGGACAAAGUACCCACACUCAAAACUAUCAUGGAAGAUGCUCUGACCUACGCAUUCUCUGGGCCUCUGCCAGCAGAUACCAAGGAUCCAGAACAAGAAGCUGGACAAUCUGCCAUUGAUGCCAUGUCAGUGCUUCGUGCCUUGACGCCAACAUUGAGCAAGGAGUUGCAUCCUUUUGUCAUUCACCUGCUGCCUUUGGUCAUCAAAGCCUUGCAUUCAGAACUGUCUGUCUUCAGAUACAUGGCUGCAAAAUGUCUUGCUACUGUAUGCAGUGUGAUUACCAUUGAAGGUAUGACCAUGCUCGUUGAGAAUGUACUUCCAUCGAUCAGCAAUCCUAUCGACCUCAACUUCCGCCAAGGAGCGAUCGAGUCUGUCUAUCAUCUCAUUCAUGUCAUGGGUGACAGCAUCUUACCAUAUGUUAUUUUCCUCAUCGUACCUGUACUUGGUAGGAUGAGCGAUUCUGACAACGAUGUGCGACUGAUUGCCACCACGACCUUCGCGACACUGGUCAAGCUUGUGCCAUUAGAAGCAGGUAUUCCAGAUCCCCCAGGAUUGUCAGAAGAAUUGUUGAAGGGACGUGAUCGUGAACGACAAUUCAUCGGUCAGCUGCUUGAUCCCCACAAGAUCGAGCCAUUCCAUAUUCCUGUCGCUAUCAAAGCAGAACUCCGAUCGUACCAACAGGAAGGUGUCAACUGGCUCAACUUCCUCAACAAGUACCAUCUUCAUGGUAUUCUUUGCGACGAUAUGGGUCUCGGCAAGACUUUGCAGACACUCUGCAUCGUUGCUAGUGAUCACCAUAAUCGAGCAGAAGACUAUGCAAAGACGAAGAAUCCAGAUGCUCGCAGAUUGCCAUCGCUCAUUGUCUGCCCUCCAACGCUCUCUGGUCAUUGGCAACAAGAGAUCAACACUUAUGCACCAUUCCUCACUUGUACAGCCUAUGUUGGCCCUCCGGCUGAUCGUGCUCGACUGCAAGAUCAGUUGACCAAGACGGACAUCGUCAUCACGUCCUAUGAUAUCUGCCGAAAUGAUGCUGAUGUUCUCACCACAUUGAAUUGGAACUAUCUUGUUCUUGAUGAGGGACAUCUGAUCAAGAAUCCUAGAGCCAAGGUCACUAUGGCAGUAAAGCGUCUGCUCAGUAAUCAUCGUCUCAUCCUGUCUGGUACUCCGAUUCAGAACAACGUCUUGGAACUCUGGUCCCUGUUCGAUUUCCUCAUGCCUGGUUUCCUUGGUACCGAGAAGGUCUUCCUCGAUCGCUUUGCCAAGCCUAUCGCUGCCAGUCGAUUCAGCAAGUCAUCCUCCAAAGAACAAGAAGCUGGUGCAUUGGCCAUCGAGGCCCUUCACAAGCAGGUCCUUCCCUUCCUUCUCCGACGUCUCAAGGAAGAAGUCCUUGAUGAUCUACCUCCAAAGAUCCUACAGAAUUACUACUGUGAUCUUAGCGAUCUUCAAAAGAAGCUAUUCGAGGACUUCACUAAGAAAGAAGGCAAGACGAUUGCUGAGAAAGCUUCACUUGGAGACAAGGAAGCCAAACAGCAUAUCUUCCAGGCCUUGCAAUAUAUGCGCAAGCUCUGCAACUCACCUGCUCUCGUCAUGAAGGAAGGUCACAAGCAAUACGAAGAGACCCAGCGACUGCUUGCAAAGCAAGGCACCAGUCUUCGCGACCCUAUCCACGCACCAAAGCUCACUGCUCUCCGAGAUCUCCUCGUCGACUGUGGAAUCGGUACCGAACCCUCAGCCGAGAAUGAACUCACGACCGAAACAUCCUACGUCUCUCCCCACCGAGCCCUCAUCUUCUGCCAAAUGAAGGAAAUGCUCGACAUGGUCCAAAACGACGUCUUAAAGAAGAUGUUACCCUCUGUCCAAUACCUCCGCAUGGAUGGUUCAGUCGAUGCAUCGAAGCGUCAAGAUAUCGUCAAUAAAUUCAAUUCGGACCCUUCAUACGAUGUCUUACUCCUAACUACGAGUGUCGGUGGUCUCGGGUUGAAUUUGACUGGUGCCGAUACCGUCAUCUUCGUGGAACACGACUGGAAUCCCCAGAAAGACUUACAGGCUAUGGAUCGCGCUCAUCGAAUUGGUCAGAAGAAAGUCGUUAACGUCUACCGGUUGAUUACUAGGGGUACCUUGGAGGAGAAAAUCAUGUCCCUCCAACGCUUCAAAAUCGACGUAGCAUCCACAGUAGUCAACCAACAAAACGCAGGCCUGGGAACCAUGGAAACAGACCAAAUCCUCGACCUCUUCAACCUAGGCGAAACAGCAGAAGGCAUCGACAAACCAACCUUAAACGGCGGGAACGGCGAGGAGAGAGAGGAGGAUAUGGUGGAUGCCACCGGAGAGGUGCGGGAGAAGGGGAAGAAGGGGUGGUUGGAUGAUCUGGGGGAGCUUUGGGAUGAUAAGCAGUAUGAGGAGGAGUUUGAUUUGGAUGGGUUUUUGAAGACUAUGAAGUAG